CGCACACAAUGCACUGCACGGCUGACAAGGGUUGUGUCUCCCUGAUUUUCACGAUAAAUUUCCAAUUCAGUGGAAACUUGUGAAGGGGGCAGCACCGGAGCCGUCCUCCUGUCCUCCGUGUGUACCUGCACUCUGGAUUUUUUAGUGAGAAUACGACAUCUUUGACCGGAAACGUCGGCGAGUGGUCCAACUAAUCCUAAAAACAUUGGAUUACACAGUGAAGGCUGCAUGAAGGAGCUGCCCAGCCCAACGGGGGCUUGGCCGACACCCUCGUUUAUGGAAAUCGACACCGAGGCUUUGAUAUUUGGGCCUUGAUUUUUUUCUUUAUGAUGGAGGUGGCACGAGAGAAGAGUUGUGUGUAAAGACGCGACGUGUUAGUGUUUAACGGGCGAUUGAUUGUAAAAGAAAACUCGUAUUCUUCCUGCUUCCUCUAAAAAAACUGAAAGGUUCUUGUUUGUGGCUAACAGCUGGAUCGGCUAACGCUAGCUAGCCACAGUGCUAACGUUACGUCUUUCUUUUGAUGCGAAUUCAACCGUUACUAACGGCCAUCAGCGUUUGGGCAGGAGAAACGUUUGUUCUCUCGGCUGCGGGAUAUUAGUUAGCUUCACAGUAAACUGUCCGACGUGUCGGUCUCCCCACACACGUUUUAAGAAUAUAGUUUUAUUCUUAGGUCGCUGGCUGAAUAUAUUGUAACGCAUUGAGUUAGCCGUGUACAUGCUAUCCCAAUGAGCAUAAGCUAAUUGGCAUUUACAUCAUUUUAACUCGAACACACAGCUCGUUUUACUCGUUUUAUAUUGGGAGUAAUUUACAGCAGCUGUCAACAAUAACAGUUCAUAUUAAUAUAAAAUAAUGUCCCGGUCAGCGGUGUGUUGAUACAACACCGGAUCUCUGGGUUAUUGGCCUUGCUAACGGACUAGCUAACCGUAUCGUUUUUGCUAACAGGCAAAUAAAUUUGUCAGCGUGAGCAGAAAUCUAUAAAAUCCUUCACGCGGGAGUCGCGUUGAGUAACGCCAGUGUUGGUGUAAUCUUCACCCGGACACUGAUCCGGAGGCCUGUUCGUCUGUAACACAGCUACACUCGUCUUUUUUUGUUUACAUGACUUAUGUGGUUAUCGGUUGGAUUUCAUGCUAGGUGGCUAAUGCUAGCUUUCUACGAGACACAAUCAGCUAAUGUGUCCUGACAUUUGUGUGUGUGUCGUGGAUGUUUUAAAUCCCCAUGUGGAGCUAACUUUGCGUUCAGGUUCAUUGAAAUGACACUAAAAUUUCGGCGAAAGAAAGGCGCUGGUGCCGAUAGACUGUUGUCAGAGGACGGUAAAUAAUAGCCACUGGUUCCAUUAACGCCAUUUUAACAGAGGCUCCCUGCGAGGGCCUGUGUGGUGGUGUUGUAUUUGCGGUUCGGUGCCCUUCCUCCGGACCGGGACUUGAAUAAAGUGCCUUUGGUCUCACUGGAGUUACAGAAGGGAGGACUGAACAUGGAGGGCCCGAGCCGGAGCACUGGAUUCAGGCAGAGCCGACGGUCCCGUUCACAGCGCGACAGGGAGCGGCGGCGGAGGAGAGUGGACCUGGCCGAGGAGCGGGCCACAUCCCUGUCCUCAGGCUCCGAGCGGGAGGCUUGUGGCACCAACAGUGUGCUGGGGCCCGGUGCGAGAGAGUGCCGGCCCGGCUUUGGGAGGCACAGGCCUCCACGUCGGAGGAAGAGAGAGUCUGUGUCCUGCGAGGAAGACAUCAUUGAUGGCUUCGCUAUUGCGAGCUUUGUCAGCCUGGAGGCACUGGAGAUGGACUGUUCUCUGAAGCCCAGUCAGCGCUCUGAUAUGCUGGGCCGGAGGAACAAGGGGAAGAGAGGGCCGGAGGAGAACGGUGGAGGGCCGCUGUCAGAGCCCGAGGAGGGAGCCCCGCACAGUUACUCCAGCAGCUGUUGGAACAAGAGCAGAAAUAAGAGGAGAAAGAUAGAGGGACACCCUUUGGAAACUGGCUACAUUUGUGACACUGAGAGUGAUACAGGAGACAAGGCCUCCGACAACGACAUGGACCCGGUCUUCACAGUCAGUACGAGGAAAGUUGUGGAGCCCACCCCCUCAAACAUGGGCACAUCUGUGGGCAAAAUCUGCCCACCUCUCCCGGCCCGUUGUGGUGGCGCCUCAUGGUUGAUGGUGACCCCGAGAGUAUCUGGCCUGGAACGAAGUCAGGAGAAAAGCCUGGAGCAGAAUUUUCCAGAGCCUGUUUCUUCUUCUACCUCUUCUGCCCCCUUCUCUCGCCUGCCUUCCCCGGUCGCAGCCCCCGGCACGGUCCCCCGGUCCAGCCCGUUCAACGGAAAUGGCAGCCGCCACAACGGCAGCCCGCCACUCUCCAAACCCAAACCCUUUACUUUGCCUGGACGAUCUCACUCCAUCUACAACAUCAACAGGAGCAACACCCCUGUCAAACCUCCCUCAUCUGCUUCAUCUGUCGCAUCUUCCUCACCCUCCAUGCGCCCCCCGACUCCCUCCACCAGUGUGUCGCUGCCCUACAACAGGGGCUUAGGAUCCUCAGGGCCCCUCCGACCCCCAUCCCGAGCCAGCUCUGGGGCCUUGUUCACAUCCUCACCUGGCCUGCCUCCCCCUCCACCUCUGGUACAAGGUCCUGGCCACUCAUCAGCAGCAGACCAAGAAUUACUGCGUCAGAACUUGAACCCCCACUUCUUGAAUUCACAAGAACGCGAGGGCAGACGCAGCGUCCCAGGGGCUGAAAACAAUGCAGCAGCUGCAGGCCGCGCCACUCCUGGUGGUCCAUCAGCAACGAGCUCCGGACCGGGCUCAUCAGGCCGGACGUCUCAGAACCAGCCGAGCAUCCCGCACAUGGCCUUCCAGUUCCAUCAGCACAACCACCAGCACCAACACACGCACACGCACCACUUCACACCCUUCCUGCACCCCACAGCUACCGCACCGCCUCUGUUUGAUAAGUAUACAGGCAAAGUGGACGGGCUGUACCGACACCCUUUCUUCCCACAAUACCCGCCGCCUUCAGUGCCGAGUAUCCAGCCUGUGAUUCCUCCCACUGGGCCUUUCAGCUCCUUGCAAGGAGCAUUUCAGCCAAAGCCUCUUGUCCCUCAGGGAACGGGUCCUGAUAUAACCGCACGACUUGGGGUUGUGCCUCACCACCUGCAGCCCAAAGACCCCAGGCUAACUGAUCCAUUUGGGACAUCGUUGAAAGUCAGUAAUAAACCAGGAAAGUGGUGUGCUAUGCAUGUAUAUGUGGCCUGGAUGAUUCUGAGUCAUCAGAAAAAAGUAAAGCUGAUGCAGGCUGAACCUCACAAGCUGGACUUCCGUAGUGACCUGCUGGCCCGUCUUCCUGGAGCUGGGGGACUAGGCCCUCUGGGGCCCAUGGGAGGAGCCCUGCCUCCCACUCAUGAUCUGACCAGACCUCCCAGUCUGUUCUCAGCUGCAGGGGCAGUCAAUCCGUCCUCAGCUCCUUUCAUCUCCCCAUCAGCGCCCCACUCCUCUUUCCUCACACCGACUGCACACUUGGAUCCGUAUGGCCGAUCCCCACCCUUCACCCCACUGGGAGCUCUUGGUUCUGGUGCCUUUGGAGGACUUGGAAGCCCAACGCUGGCAGGAUCUGUGUUUGGCCCCAAAGAUUCACCAGCGAGUGUCGUCGGAGGCCUGUCCACGCCCAACCAUCAUGACCCAUGGAACCGUCUACACGGCGGUCAGUCUGGGUUCCCUCCUGGCCCCAGCUGGGCGAAGGGGCCAGACAAGCGGGAUGAGAGGGAUCGAGCGAAGGACGUGGAGAGGAGAGACGUUCCUCACAUCAAGGAUGAAAAGGACAGAGACAACAUGCUGUAUGGCCGACAACCUGUGAGAAUGUCUCCAGUUGCCCCUCCCUUCAAACCCCGCAGUAACACCCCAGUGUCCCACAUUAAUGGCCACAGUAGCGCCCUGGGGGGCAGCGGUGGGCCUAUUGAGGACCUGACACGCAGCUUGAACAGAGACAGAGACCGUGAGCGAGACAGAGACGGGGAUAAGAGGCCGCUGCCAACAGUGUCUUCACGGGGGCCUCCUCUUGGCUCUUCAUCUUUAGUAGCAGAUAGAGACAGACCACGGUCUUCCUCAUCUUCUGUGCUCACUACUCCCCCGCCCUCCAACCGCUCAGCCCCGUCCCCGAUGGACCUUUACCCCCGCCCGAUGGCUCCAACAGCACAUAGCCUCCACAACGAACCCUCACACUCCCAAAGAGACGGUAACCUCCCUUCUUCCUCCGCAGCUUCUGCCUCAGUCACUUCUUUGUCUCAGGCCAAGAAGUCUGACCGGACCACAACACCCGUCUCCAAACCUCCGUUGCUUCUCCCUCCAGUCAAAGUCAAAGAGGAGCGGAAGGAGGAGCCGGAGCAUAUCCCCAUCACCCUGCCUCCCCCAGCACCCAACCACAGCUUUGACCGCCCCAACAGCCAUCCGCACCACCCUCGUUCUGGUACCCCUUCCUCUUCCUCUCUAUCGCUCACUCCCACUCCUGGUGUUCCCCUCAUGCCACCCACUCCAAACCCUUCUUCUCACCUUUCCCUGCUGGACCGCUCCAGGGCCAUUGAAGCGUAUCUGGGGAGCACAGGCGCUGCGGGUUUGGUAAUGGGCCCAGGAGGAGACCGUUUCCACCACGGCCCAGGCCAAGGACCAUCACAGGGUCCACACAGCUUCACGUGGGACCCCUGGAGGGAGCUGGCAGCUCAGCAGCAACAUCAGCAUCGUAGAGAAGCUUUGGCACUUCGCUCAGACCCUCACCUAGCCCUGCGAUCCGAUCCACAUUUGGCCCGACUGCUCCAGCAUCAGCGCCUUCUGGAGGCAGAGAGGGUUGCGGCUGUAGCAGCUGCAGCCGCAGCAGCCAACCCUCACCACCCUCCGACAUCUACCUCUUCUGCCUCCACCUCUGCUGUCCGCCAGGAGUUCGGCCUAAUGGCCCCUCACUUUGACCGCCCUCCUCACCUCGGACCCCCAGGAGGAGGACUGAUAGAUGAGGAGCAGCGGGCCCAGAUCCUGAGGGAAGACUUUGAGCGGGCUCGCUACUUUGGGAUGCACCCACACAUCCCCACUGGCCCUCACCUCUCGAGCCCCUCUCAUGCUGCUACUGCCGCCCACCUGGAGCAGCUCCACCCUGGCCUUCUCUCCCACUCGCUCCCCCACGGAGCCUCUCCUGCUUCCCAGCACCACGCUGGCCUCUUCGCCCGUCUCGGCCAUCUAAACCCCCACCACGUGCCCAACGGCAUCCUGGCAAAAACCCCUGCAGGCUUGGUGGGAGCUCUGGCGGUGGGGGCACCGCCUCCCCUCAUUCCGUCCAUCACCAGCCGGUCGUCCACACCUCCCCGUAGACUUGGAGGGCCAGGUGAGCUGGCACUGUACAGCUCCCACAAAGACGGAGAGUCCAGAUAGUACAGGGACUACACUGGAGGAGAUUAAGGGAAAUGUCAGGAUCACUGUGCUGCUCUCAACCUGCCCCCUAUUCCUCUUGCAGACUACUAAACCCUGCCCUCCCAGUCACACAACCAAACCAGCUCCAGCCCCCUCCCCCAGGAAGGGUAACCAUGACUGGCUGGAGGUGAUGGUAGGGAGGGAAAUGCAAGACUCAUCAGUGUGACUUGGAAUAUGCGCAAUGGUUCUGUCAGUGCAAUUUAAAGGUACAUGGUUUCUGUGCAUCAUUGGUGUAUUUUUAUUUUAUACUGCCUGUUGGUUAUUACAGUGGUGGAUUUGGAAAGCUGUAGGAAGAGGACAGCUCUUCUUUCAUUGGUCAGGUGAAUUAUGAUCCAUGCUCUUCAGCAAGCCUUUUUCCGGGUGGAUUGGAAAUGACUUCCAGAGGGAUGUACACUGUGAAAUCACGUCAAGGGUUCAUCCUCAGCUUGGUUAACUCAUGGGAUAUUAUUACAAAGCCUUCCUCUACAUGAAUCAACCCUGAUUAGGUGGAUGAGGGUUAUUUUAGAAAUACAGUGGUAAAGUGGUGCUUUCUGUUCUGUCUUUGUGUCUUCUUGUCAUUGUGGAAAGACAGAUUAUUGAUGAGAUCAUUCUAAUGAAGAUCGGUAAGCAUCGCACCUCAGUUUCCUGCUUUACCCCAAAAAUUGAACCCCUCAGCUUCACUCAUAAUGAGAUUCAACCUUUUUCUUUGGCUAUUAUUGUUUUUGUUUUCAAAGGAUGAAUGGCGAAAUGAACUGUGCUACACUGUGUGAGUGAACACAGAACUUUAGAGCUUCCUGUAACUGUUUCCCACUCUCCUCUUGACUAUAUGAGCAGGACCAGAUUAUAGUAGUCUAGAGAAAUUGCCUUUGUAAUUAUUAUUCUUAACAUUAAUUAUCUUCUAUAAUAAUAAAUAUAUUCACUGUUAUGUUAUUUGUCUUUGUUUCGGGUAUCAACCAGUACUCUCUCACCAGGUAGUAAUCUGUUUCAGAAGACAAAGCAUAAAGGCUCGCGUCACAGGAAACUGUUUCGAUGCUUGUGAACAUUAAGCCGUCUCCAUAGCAGCCUCCAGCCUCGUCAUGGAUCUCAUCUACGACUUUAUUAUGCUGAGAGGGAGGUUUGCCUGUGUGUCAUUGGUUGUGUGUUAUAUCCAUUUGGGACUAUGGGAGCCUUGUACAUUGAACUGUCGAGUUGUUUCAUCAAUAAAAAUAAGUUAUAUACAUGGAUAAGUGGGACAUCUGCUGAAGAACUGAAAAAAAAAAAUAUAAGGACUUGUGUCACAAGACAAGUAAACAGUGGGUAUCCUGAGAGGGAAAAGACUGGGUCGAUUAUUUUAAUAUGACCAUUUUAUACCUUUCAAACCCCUCCCCUAGAGACCACAAAGAUUAAUUAUUAAAUGAAUUGUUGUUUACUCUGG